CCAAAACUCAUUACACAAUUCAUGCAGUGUAUCAACAAUAACUAAGCAAACAAAAAAGCCCAAAGACAGACCCUCAAUACACAGUAUAUUUCUCUACUGCUGCAAUGGCAGAAGCACCCGACGCACACAUUGACCGCACCGCCGGUCUGGCAUACUGGAACUCCAUCCCUGCCACCGUCAACGGCAUGCUCGGCGGCUUUCCUCAAAUCAGCCGCAUCGACCUCGUCGGGUCCGCCAAUUUUCUCACCAAACUACGACGCCAAUUCCCUUCUACAGGACCUUCUACUUCUGCCUCUACAUCAAGUAUACCUUCAUCACAUCCUUCACCCAAUCAACAACGUCUCCCGCCUCUUAGUCGCGCUGUUGAUUGCGGCGCCGGCAUUGGCCGCAUCACGCACGGCUUCCUCAGCAACGUCGCGCAGACCGUCGACGUUGUCGAGCCUGUCGAGAAAUUCACGACCGAAAUCACGUCUGGCAAGUCAUUUGCAGCACUACGCGAGGCAGGGAAGAUAGGGAAUGUAUAUAAUGUGGGCCUAGAAGACUGGGAUCCAACCGUGUGCCAUCGGUCCUCGAGCUCUGAGACCGUUGCCCCAGAGUCGCAGGAACAUGGCGAUGGACCGCAAAAGAAGAAACAAAAAACUACAGACGCCCCCAAGUACGAUCUCAUUUGGAACCAGUGGUGCGUUGGACACCUGACGGACGAGCAACUGGUCGCGUACUUGAAACGAUGCGCGCAAGCUCUAGCCCCAGGCGGGUGGAUAAUAGUGAAGGAGAACAACACGACGAGUACGAAGAAGGUGCCGAAUGUGAAGCCUAAAUGGAUAGAAGAUGAGGAAGAGGAGGAUCUGUAUGACGAAGAGGAUAGUAGUGUGACAAGAUCAGAUGGUAAAUUCCGUGCCAUUUUCGAAAGGGCGGGGUUGAGACUCGUCAAGGCUGAGCUCCAGUCCGGGUUCCCGCGGGGCUUGUUUCCUGUAAGGUUUUAUGCGCUGCAGCCGGUCGAUGCGGGAGCUGUGUGAUUCAGCAUUGAACUUUGGGCUUUUCCUCAUCUACCAUUUUCUAGCUUGUUUGUAUUGGAGUUCAAUACCCAGCAUGGGAUUAGGCGGCAGCGGGUCACGGAAUCACGGUUUUCUUUCCAUCUAAAAGUAUAUGCGUAUUAAAUAUAGAACGGUAGUUGUGGUAAAAUGGGUAUUUGUAAGAUGUAUCUUCGUCAAUGAACAAAUGAAGAUGUUGGAAAUAAAAAAAAUAAUAUGGCAGUGAUGCGUAGACGAUCAUGCCAAUGCAUAAAGGACCUCGAUAGAGCUAAGCAGGGU